AUGUCUCUUUUCCAGUCUCGAAAAUGUCUAACAGUCAUUAACGUGGUCAGUCCAUUAUAUAAACACUUGGGUAUAAGUUUUAUAAAUUUAUCAAGAAGACCAAUAUCAAGCUUAGAUACUCCGCAAGAUGUUGAGCGAGCCAAGAGGUGGUUGAAAAAGUUCACCAAAGACAGUAUUCCUAGAGAUUCGUUAGAUAUGUCCUUUGCUCGAAGUAGCGGACCCGGCGGACAGAAUUUUUUUUCGCAAAUAGUCAACACAAAGGUAGACUUGCGAUUUAAUCUUGGUCAAGCACAUUGGAUACCCGAGUAUGCACGGAAGCAAUUGGCGAUUCAGAAAUCUAAUAAAAUAAAUAAAAAAAACGAAUUGAUUAUAACUUCCGAUAAAACGCGUUCCCAAGUAAAGAACAUAGAGGAUUGUAUAGAGAAAUUGUAUGAAAGCAUAGUGGAAGCAGCUCAGGUGCCAGAAGGUCCAAGCGAAGAAACAUUACAACGAAUUGAAAAAUUGUGA